AUGCCAACCGAAAACGGGGAAUAUAAAAUGUUGGUAGAAGACGAGAAAAAAGAUAUGGUUUAUCUAAUCAUCUUCCCAAGAAUUUCAACAACUCCGAAUCAUUUGACAAUGUGUUUGAAAAUUGAGACUUGGUUAAAGCUUACGGGCAUCAGAUUUUAUGUAUUAUCAUUUAUAGGAGUAUAUUUAAAUUCCUUAUUAAUAUUUCAGCGUAUCUCCAAUCAAUUUUUACUUGGCUCUCCGGAUUCUGGAAUAGCUCCAUUUGUUCAGUUCAAUGGAAAAUAUUAUGAAGGAUUUGAUAAAAUAAAAGAAGCGGUUAAACAUUUAGUAAAGAAAAAACUGCUAGAAAAUGAUAGGGAAGCCGAGAUAAUUUCAAUUUCGGAAAAUUAUUUAUUAAAAAUAUUAACAAAGGAUAAAGCAACGAGGCAUCGAAAAAUAGGAGGCAAAAAAUCAGGGGGAUUGGACUAUCUAAUAAAAGAUAAUGGUGUCCGUGCACAAUUUUUCCAAUCACAUCCCCAACUUUUUGAAUGGAGAUGGCAAGAAAUUAUUUUAAAUAAUGACAAAAAAAUUAAAUUUGAAAUGGGUUCUGAAUUUUGGAAUGAAUUUUUUGGAAUUGAAAGAGGAAUAGAAAAUCAAGAAAUUAAUGAAAAGGAAAUUUUGAAUUUCAUGGAGAAGCACUUGGUGAUUAUUUUAGGUAGUGAUGCGAGUAGUGAUGGUGUUGGAAGUUCCAAUUAUUCGUAUAGUGAAGGGACUGAGGGUUCUUCUCAUUCUUUGAAUAAAGAAAUAAAUAAUGAUUAUUUAUGGAAUUUGGAUGAUUGGCAAUAUUUUUAUGAAUGGAUGGAUAAAUUUGUUGAAAAUAAGUUGGAGGAAUAUUUUACUAAAGAGAAGUACAGCAUGGAAGGAAAGCUUCGAGAAUAUUUACAAAAACAUUCAUGGGAUCAAGUAUCUGAUGAGAAAAUUUAUGAAAGUUUUGAAAAAAUAAUACAAAAAAUAGUAAAUAUGCUAGGUUCUCAAAAAUUUUUGUUUGGUGAUCAGCCUAGUCUUGCAGACAUCUCGUUAUUUUCUAUUUUGGUUCAAUUCUUUGAAGGGCAUCUAAAUAUUCCAGUAAUUAAGCACUUUUUCCUUAAAAAGGGUGAAAAGCCUGAAAGAGAUGCCAUUGAUUUCAUUGGUAAAGCAAUAGUUAUUGAACAAAAAUCAAAAAGUAAUUGUGAAAUUGAGGAAGAAGGUCCAAGUUUUAUCGAAAAUUGUGGGGAAAUGGAAGGAAAUGAUAAAUAUAUUGAUAAAAGAAUUGGACAUCUUCAUAGUUAUGUGGAACGGAUGAAAGAGAAAAUAGGCCUUGGUUCAUACAAGUGGAUCAACUUAACAAGAUACCCAUGGCCUUUAAAUUAUGAAGAGGUUGAUUACAUAACAGAUAAAUAUUCAGGCAAGUUUUUGAAUAGAAGUAAAAUUAAAAAAUUUUUCUUCAGGUUUCUUUCAUCUUGAGACU